AAAAUCCUCUCUCUCUUUCUCUCUCAGUAUAAUUAUUUCAUGUUAUGUUGGUAGGCUUAUAUAUCUCUAUCGCGAGACAGACGUUACAUUUUCAUGUCCUCUUUGUAUAUAAAUCCUUUCUCAAUCCAAUCCACCAACAGUGGCCACCCCAAAUCGUACCACUCUCACCACCGCCAAAACAUGGCCACCUCCUCCUCCAACCACCACCGCCACCUUCCCACCUGACCAAACCAACAUGUUAGGCCUUCACAACAUCUUCCUCAUAACUCCACCACCACCUUCUUCUUCUUUUCACCACUCUGACCAACAACCCAUUUCCAUCCAUGACCAGUGCAACAUUCCAAACAAUCAAGAUUCUUGGACCACUUUCAAGAGAUAUAAUCAGCAAGAAUCAAGCUUUGGUAAAAGAGAUGCAUUAAAUGUUGAUGAGGAUAACGAAAAUAGUAAUACCUCUUCUAGAGUUUGCAGAGAUUGUGGAAAUAGAGCUAAGAAGGAGUGCGAGUAUAGAAGGUGUAGGACUUGUUGCAAGAGUAGAGGGUAUGAUUGUGGCCCUCACAUUAAGAGCACAUGGGUUCCUGCGGCCAGGCGGCGAGAGAGGCACGGUACUGAUGGUGGUGGCGGUGCUGGUGGCUCUUCCGGCUCUUCUUCUGCUGCUGGUGGUAAUAAAAGGCCAAGAGAGAACGUGACCACUACAUCUAAUAGUUUUAGCAUUUCUAAUAACAAUGCUGCUGCUUCUUUCAGUAUUGACAAUGCCUCCAAUUACCAGGAUGCAAGCUUCAAGCAGUCCUUACCAAGCCAAAUUCGAGCACCAGCAGUUUUCAGGUGCGUUAGAGUAACUACCAUUAAUGGUGGCGAAGCUGAGGUUGCAUACCAGGCUAUGGUGAACAUAAGUGGCCAUGUUUUUAAGGGUUUCCUCUAUGAUCAAGGGAUUGAUGAGAAAAACUUAUUUUCAUGCAUUUCAAAGAUGCCCUCCAGUGGAAGAAAUAGAGAUUCUACUUCUCCAAUUGUUGAUCCACCAGAUGCCUAUCCAGCGUCUGCCACCCACAGAUUGCUUCAAGCAGGUAAUGAAUGAAAUAUUCUCCUGUUAGUUUUUGCUCCUAAUAUUCAAUUGGGAAGAGUUGGGAUGCUCUUCUCUGUUUUUAAGAACAGAGUGGCUGGUUUUCGAUUGCAAUAUGAAGUAUUGUUAGCUAUCAUGAAUCCUUAGUUCUGUUCCAAAUGUUGCUUCUUCUAAUGGUGGCCAGAGUAUCAAUCUUGGGAGAUCAUAGUUUUGGAAGUUCAUGCGAAUGAAAAUUAUAUAUUAGAAUUCAAUUAGCUAUAAUUGUAAUCCUACCAUGCGAGAAACUGGGGGUUUCAGAUUUGAGUAUUCAUCAUCAUAUAUUGGAUAGAAUUGUUGAGAUUAUGAAGGACAAAGAAAGGAGAAUUAGCUACUAUUGUAGUUUAUGCAUAUUAUGGAUGGCUAAUUAUUAGGUACA